AUGCACGCUAGAGACUGGCUUCUUGCUUUCCUUGCUCUCAUCUUCCCUCCUAUCCCUGUCAUUUUUAAACGUGGUCUUUGUACUGUCGAGUUCCUAAUCUCGAUCAUUCUCUUGAUUUUUGGAUUCCUCCCCUCAGUCAUUUACUCUUGGUAUAUCAUCUCAAAGUACCCCACAGUCGAACACAUCCUUAUUGUCGACUGUGAUGGACAUAAUCACGAUGGCUAUGGUGCUGUUUAA